GAGGGAGGGGAGAGAGAGAGGAAGAGGGAGAGACAGCACGCGCUCUUGAACGGGAGACUGUGCGCGUGAAGUCGGGACACCGGGACUCGCGAGCAUGGAGAUCCGCCCGGAGCGCUUUAAGGCUGUGGCAGGAAAAACCCUGGGAAAAAUACACAGGAUCCUCGAGAAGCGUCAAGAGAAUGGCGAGACUAUCGAGCUGUCAGCAGAGGGAAGGCCAGAGAUGGUGGAGGAGAAAGAGCUGCCCGUUGUGGAUUGCACGUGCUUCGGGUUGCCACGCCGCUACAUCAUAGCCAUUCUUUCUGGUCUCGGUUUUUGCAUCUCCUUUGGCAUCCGCUGCAAUCUCGGUGUGGCCAUAGUCAGCAUGGUCAACGACCACACCGUUUUUUACGGGAAAAAACCUGUUAUAAUGGCUGCUCAAUUCACAUGGGAUCCAGAGACAGUGGGGAUGAUCCAUGGUUCAUUUUUCUGGGGUUAUAUCGUUACUCAGAUCCCUGGAGGAUUCAUUUGCCAGAAAUUUGCUGCCAACAGAGUGUUCGGCUUUGCGAUCGUGGCCACGUCCACUCUGAACAUGCUGAUUCCGUCUGCAGCGAGGAUCCACUAUGGAUGUGUCAUCAUGGUCAGGAUAUGCCAGGGUCUUGUGGAGGGAGUGUCAUAUCCUGCCUGCCAUGGGAUCUGGGCCAAAUGGGCUCCGCCUCUUGAGAGAAGCCGAUUGGCCACAACAGCAUUUUGUGGGUCGUAUGCAGGUGCUGUGGUGGCAAUGCCCCUGGCCGGUGUGUUAGUACAGUAUACUGGAUGGUCAUCCGUAUUUUAUGUAUAUGGUAGCGUCGGGAUACUGUGGUAUCUCUUCUGGAUCUUGGUGUCAUAUGAGAGUCCAGCUGCUCACCCUACCAUCACCCCCGAGGAGAGGAAAUACAUUGAGGAAUCGAUUGGAGAGACAGCAGGGCUGGUCAACCCUCUUCAGAAAUUCAAAACCCCUUGGCGUCAUUUUUUCACCUCUAUGCCGGUGUAUGCGAUCAUUGUGGCCAACUUCUGCCGAAGCUGGACGUUUUACCUGCUUCUAAUCAGCCAGCCUGCGUACUUCGAGGAGGUUUUUGGGUUUGAGAUCAGCAAGGUGGGGUUGGUAUCUGCGCUUCCUCACCUAGUGAUGACCAUCGUAGUGCCGUUGGGGGGGCAGCUGGCUGACUACCUGAGAUCACACAAUAUAAUGAGCACCACAAAUGUCCGCAAGCUCAUGAACUGCGGAGGAUUUGGAAUGGAGGCAACGCUACUGUUGGUGGUGGGAUUCUCUCACACUAAAGCAGUGGCCAUAUUAUUUCUCGUCCUGGCGGUUGGCUUCAGUGGGUUUGCUAUCUCAGGCUUUAAUGUGAAUCAUUUAGACAUAGCACCACGUUAUGCCAGCAUCCUAAUGGGCAUCUCUAAUGGAGUGGGCACCUUAUCGGGCAUGGUGUGCCCCAUUAUAGUGGGAGCCAUGACCAAACAUAAGACACGUGAAGAGUGGCAGUACGUCUUUCUCAUUGCAUCAUUAGUGCAUUAUGGGGGUGUGGUCUUCUAUGGCAUAUUUGCUUCAGGCGAGAAGCAGCCAUGGGCGGAUGCCGAGAACACCAGCGAGGAGAAAUGUGGCAUCCUGGAUGAAGAUGAGCUGGCCAAUGAGACUGAAGAGCUUUACAGAACGGGUGGACAGUAUGGUGCCAUUAACCAGCCAAACACUGCUGGGCCAAACGGGAGUGGAGGUGGGGGCGGAGCUGGAUGGGUCUCUGACUGGGACAAAACAGAAGAAUAUGUACAACCAGUUGGGAGAAAUAGUUAUCUUUAUGGAGGAGAGGUUGAGAGGGAACUCACAUAGUGUGAGCGGGGCACAUUUUUUCAGUCCUGGAGAUUUUCCCUGCUCAUAGACAAAUUGUAAUGUUUAAUGGACCCUUUAAAAUCAAUGCCACUGGACAAAGCUUUUGUUUAGAUGGAGAGAGACAUCAAAAUGUGUGUCUCUUCUGUCUAGACUCUUAGUCCAUAAUCCUUAGUUCUACAUAAAAUAUUUACUAGGCCCUCCAAAGGAACAAAUCAAAGAAAGAUUUUGGUAUCUCCCCAGCUCCCAUGAACUCAGGUUCAUAUUCUUGUAGAUGGUUGUGUGAGUAAAACCAGGAGAAUGGAUAAAGCAUGCAAAUGAUUUACUUGACUUGAUUAUAUAUAUAUAUAUAUAUAU